AUGACAUGGACAGCCAUCAACCCGCAUCCGCGGGUCGCUGACCUUGAUCUCUCCAUCUUGGAUUAUUGCACCUAUGCAUUUGUCGACAUCAAAGUCAACCUCCGACCUGAUGGAAUUGCGAUUGUCACUCUCGACCGAGCCGCGCAGUACAACACCUUCACUGGACCCAUGUGCUUCUCGAUGGUGUUCGCUUUCGAACUCUUUGAUGCUGAUGACCGAGUGAAAGUAGUCAUCAUCACUGGAUCGGGCAAAGUGUUUUGUGCGGGCGCAGACCUAGCUCAGGGAUUUGGAGCAUUCGCAGACCAUGCACAAGGUCAUCGUGAUGGAGGAGGGCAGGUUGCACUGGCCAUCUUGCGAUGCAGAAAGCCAAGCAUAGCUGCGAUUAACGGAAACGCAAUCGGUAUCGGUGUCACCAUGACUCUCAGCUGUGAUUUCCGCCUGGUCGCACAAGAGGCCAAAGUGGCCAUUCCCUUUGUGCAAAGAGGGAUUGCUAUGGAGGCCUGUUGCUCGUAUCUGCUUCCGCGCUUGGUUGGCGUGUCGAAAGCGAUGGACAUGGUUCUUUGUGGUGAUGUCCGUUCGCCGAAAGAUGAAAGCUAUAUGGCGCUCUGGACUCGCUCCCCCCUGCCGCAAGAUGAGGUUUUGUCAGAGUCGCUCAAGUUGGCCGAGAAGUUGGCCAAGAACAGUUCCGUUUCGAUGGCUUUGUGCAAAGCACAGAUGUGGAGGCAGGUGCAUUCACCAGAAGAUGCGCAUCUCUUGGAAAGCCAAGGGAUCUGGGAAACGGCUCGGUUGGAUGGUGGAGAGGGAGCCAACAGUUUCUUGGAAAAGAGGCAGGCUCGGUUUCAAGGCAAGAUGAAGGAUUUGGACAAGUUUGCUUUUUGGCCUUGGUGGAGACAAGCUGAUGUCAACCUAUACGGUCGUGGGCCUGAGGCUCUACGUGCUGCCAAGGAGAAGAGUAAGCUAUAG